AUGCAUCACAAUGAGUUCAAUAGUGUAGAGAUGGAAUUGCGGGAGAUUGAGCAGGAUUUCACAUCAGGAAAUAUGAGCGCAUUCGGCACUCCGGCAACACGUGAGGGCUUUGUGCGCGAACUGUGUAAGAUAGCGGACAUUGAGACACAAAUAUAUUAUAAAACAUGUGGCUUGCUUAACUCUGAGGCCUCCGGGGAUCACAAGUUACGUACCAUGAUGUACAGCACUGCGGAACCACCCCACGGUCCAGUGACCAACAGCAGCUCCAACAACAGCGGCACCGGCACCCCCAAGGGACAGGGGCAACGCCGGCAAUCAGUUGAUCUUAACAAUAGUAGUCACGAUGCCGAGAGAAGCAAUCACGUGGCAAACAACAGCGAUAUCGGUAAUGCAAUGAAACACUCUAGUUCCUCGGCAUCAGUUCCACGCAAUAGUGAGGUCCCUGGUGGAAUGGAGUUUGACAACACCGUAACGAAUCAACAACCCUUGCCGUGGCGUAGAGACGCUGGGCUCACGGAGCGACCCUUUCAAGAUAUUUCAAAACACUUUAAAAUUCUAGAGGGGGAAUUUAACGUUAUUGGGGAACAUAUGCGUCAAAUUUCUACGCAUCUUCUGCGUCUGAACGAAAUAGCGGAACAAGGAAAGGCGGGCAGUAUGGGCAUUGCCCCUUGA